CCAUGAAACUAAGCUAUUACGCAUAAUUUGGACGGUUUGAUUUAACUUGCUUCUAUUAAACAUGCAAGUUACAAAUGACCGUCGUAUCAUCGAUCCCACUGAGCCAGAGUAAUAAAUUUCUUCUCCUUUCCUUUGCGUCUCAGCCUUUUCUAUAUCCCCUCGUUUUAGCAGUGGAAAGAUAGAAACAGCGACGACGUGCAAUCAUUCAGGAAAAAAAAACAAAGCAUGAUUCUCCGUCUCGCCUCCACUCUGCAUUUCCUCUCCCUCAUACUUCUAACUCGUCCGAUCCAACUCACAGCUCUCAACUCGGACGGCAUCUCCCUCCUCUCCUUCAAAUACUCAGUCCUCAGCGACCCUCUCUCAGUCCUCGAGAGCUGGAACUACAACGACGACACUCCUUGCCAAUGGAACGGGAUUCAGUGUACGGACUUACUUGUAGAAUCUUCAUGGUCUCGUCGGGUUACGAGCUUGGCUCUCCCUAACAGCAAGCUUCUCGGCUCCAUCCCUACUGAUUUUGGCAUGAUCGAUACACUCCAACAGCUUGAUCUAUCAGAUAAUUUCCUCAACGGCACCCUCCCUCUAUCUCUAUUCAAUGCUUCCCAGCUUCGAAUCCUUUCCCUCGCCAACAAUGAGAUCUCUGGCGAGCUUCCUGACGCCGUUGGGAGCCUUAAAAGCCUUGAAUUCCUCAACCUUUCUGAUAAUGCAUUGACGGGGAGGAUCCCGGACAGUUUGAUUUCUCUCCCCAACUUCACUGUUCUCUGCUUGAGUAAUAACUACUUGUACGGCAACCUUCCCCGUGGGUUCGGCAAUUUGGAGGUCCUCGAUCUGUCUUCGAACCUCUUGAAUGGUUCUCUGCCGACGGAUUUAGUCGAUGGAGGCCGUAACCUCCGUUCUUUGAAUCUUUCUUACAACAGGCUUUCGGGAGGGAUAUCGCCAGGAUUCGCAUCAGGAAUCCCAGCGAACGCUAGUUUGGACCUUUCUUUUAAUAAAUUGGGGGGUGGAAUUCCUGAGAAGGGUGGCUUUGAUUAUCGGAGAGCAGAAUCGUUUGCCGGGAAUCCUGAUCUGUGUGGGAAACCGCUCAAGAAUCCAUGCUCGAUUCCUUCUACAUUGUCUACUCCGCCCAACAGCUCUACAUCAACUACUCCUCUUGCGAUCGCAGCCAUUCCCAAGAGCCUUGACAAACCCAAGGAUGGCCCGCCCGGAGCCAGGCCGGGGAAUGUGGCUGAGACGGAAAGAGGGCUAAAACCAGGGGUUAUCAUAGGAAUAAUCAUCGGAGAUUUAGUGGGAAUCGGCAUUGUUUCAGUACUAGGACUAUACUUGUACCAGUCCAAGAGGGCAAAAAGGAAGAAGAUGGAAUCAGAAGACAAAAAGACGGUAGAAAAGUCAGGAAAUGAGGAAUCUUCGCCUUCCAAUUCUCCAAAGAUCCGAUGGCCUUGUUUAAGUAAGCAAGGAACCAGCAGCUGCAGCAGCAAUGAGGAAGCAUCGGAAUCAACAGGAUCGGAAGCUGAAGAACAGAGAUCUAAUCAACAGCCGCAGCAGCAGGAGAGAAAUGGGGGUGCGCUUGUUAUGGUGGAUGGAGAACAGGAGCUUGAGCUGGAGACGCUGCUCAAAGCUUCAGCUUAUAUUCUUGGAUCUGCCGGUCCCACCAUCGUUUACAAAGCUGUGCUUGAUGAUGGGAGUACAUUCGCGGUUCGGAGGAUAGGAGAGAGUUACAUAGAUAAAUUGAAGGAUUUUGAAAACCAGGUGAAGAUCAUUGCCAAGUUACGCCACCCGAAUCUGGUUCGAUUGCGAGGGUUCCAUUGGGGAGAAGAUGAGAAGCUUGUUAUCUAUGAUUAUGCUCCGAAUGGCAGCCUUGCCAACGCCUCUCAAAAGAAAACAGGUUCCUCUCUGUGCAAUCUAUCAUGGGAAGUUCGGCUCAGGAUUGCAAGGGGAGUGGCACGAGGUCUAACAUACUUGCAUGAGAAGAAGCAUGUCCAUGGCAAUCUCAAACCAACCAACAUCCUUCUGGGUCCGGAUAUGGAGCCAACAAUCUCAGAUUUCGGGCUGGAACGACUCAUAUUUGGGGAUACGACCAACAAGGCAUCAGGUGGUUCAGGGCAGCAUUUCAGCAGCAAGCAGUCAAUGGUCUCUAGGGACAACCUCCAAGACCUGCCAACAAGGGCCAGUGCUAGUGUGUCCGCAUGGUGUGCAUCACCUUAUCAUGCACCCGAGUCGCUCAAGAGCCUCAAGCCCAACCCCAAGUGGGAUGUCUACUCAUUUGGUAUGGUGCUUUUAGAGAUAAUCUCUGGGAAGGUGCUCUCUGAAAAGGAGAUCACUAGCCAGUUGAAUGUCGGGCUAGUUGGGGAGGAUAGGAAUCGGGUCCUGAUGAUGGCUGAUGUCAUACUUCGAGCUGAGCUGGAAGGGAAAGAGGAGGCCUUGCUGAUGUGCUUCAAGUUGGGGUUCAGCUGUGCUUCUUUGGUCCCACAGAAGAGGCCAGCCAUGAAGGAAGCCUUACAAAUCCUUGACAAGUUACUGUCAUAACAGUAACUAGAGGAUUGAAGAGGAGAUUUUGCUAGACAUUCCAAUCUAAAAACACGCAUGUAAGAUUGUGGCCAUUCAUCAGGUAUGGUGCACCUCAAGGAUGCAUUCACAGGAAAUGAAGCAUUUCUGAUCAUCAGACAGGAAAUAUGGAAGGUGAGAAAAAACAAAAAGGACCUAGAUGGUGAUAUGAUGAUGAAGAAGGUGCAUUUUGACGUAGGUUGGUGUUCAUGUGAGAGCCUUGUUUUGAUGCUGACUUGUGUACUCUGUAUUUUUUAAGUUUUGGAGGUAACGAUUGUAGACCCUGUUGUGUUGAUGAGAGCACUCAUUCAAUAGUCUUUUUUCUUUAGUGAGUC